UCUCCACUACUCUACAAUCUCAUCUCCUCCACAAAACCAACCUCCACUUUUCAUCAAACUUCCACAGCCCAACACCCUCCUCCUCCACAACCAAUAAUGGCAGCCACCUCCUCCGCCCUGUUCUCAGCCCCGUCCAUCUCCUCAACAGCCACAGGGCACCACCAAACCCUAUCACCAACCCAAAUCUCCUUCCAAGGCCUCAGACCCCUCACCAGGUCCUCCCCUCCCACCAAGCUGAGUUUGCAUGCACCCAGCACCAGGAGAUGUUCAUGCGUCGUCAAAGCUGAGCUGAACCCAUCACUGGUCAUCAGCCUGAGCACCGGACUCUCUCUCUUCCUUGGGAGGUUUGUUUUCUUCAACUUCCAGAGAGAGAAUGUGGCCAAGCAAGGGUUGCCGGAGCAGAACGGGGUGACGCACUUUGAGGCUGGGGACACUAGGGCUAAGGAGUAUGUGAGCCUCCUCAAGUCUAAUGACCCUGUUGGGUUCAACAUUGUGGAUGUUUUGGCUUGGGGUUCUAUCGGUCACAUCGUAGCUUACUACAUCUUGGCCACCUCUAGCAAUGGCUAUGAUCCCAAGUUCUUUGAAUAAAUAUUAUCGUUUUGAAUUUAAAUUUGAGUUGAAUCCAUAUCAUGUUGUUGUGAGGUCUCUCUCUUGUUUGUAAUUUGUAUAGCUUAUCAAUGAAUCGCUAGUUUGGGAA